ACAGCCCAGUCGAGACGCAUUUUUCCGCAGUGGAAUACUACUAUCUAAGCUUCUUUUUGUUUUGGUGUGUGCGAGAAAACGAGUGUGAAGAAAAUGCUGUUCAACAAAUGUCUGGAAAAGUUGUCCAGCUCGCUGGGCAAUGUGGUCAACCACAAGUUGCAAGAGAAACAUGUCUACAACAAUAACAACAACAUCAACAAUAACAACAGCAAUACGCCAAACAACAAUGCGUACAACAAGCAGCGCAACUUUGAGUACGAAAGAGCCAUACAGGCGCACUACGGCAGCAAGGGAAGAGAGAGGAGCGGCAAGUUCAAGGCCAGCAAGGGUCGCAAAGCCAAGGUCACCCCGCCAGAGACGCCCGCUCCGGAGGCCCAGGAGCCGGCCUGCAAGAACUGCAUGACCCACGACGAGCUGGCCCAGAUCAUAAGGGGCGUGGCCAAGAGCACUGCUGCUGGCGAAUGCAAUCGGGAAAAUCGGGACAAUCGGCUGCAGCGCAGACGUCGUCCACUGUCCGCCCAACCCUCUGCCGCCGCCUCCACGUCCACGUCGACGGAAUCGCUGCACCGGCUCACACCCAGUCCCCAGGCCAACUAUGCCUCCUACCCGGCCACGCCCACCUCCUGGACAGCCACACCGCCGCAGUUCCCAGCCGCCUUCGGCGGUGCCAGCUGCUCGAACAGCACACUGUCCCUUCUGGCCACCUUGCGCGUCCAGCUCCACGGUUACACAUGGUUUCAUGGCAAUCUUUCCGGAAAGGAAGCGGAAAAAUUGAUCCUGGAGCGGGGAAAGAAUGGUUCGUUUCUCGUCCGUGAAUCUCAGAGCAAGCCUGGCGACUUCGUCCUUUCCGUGCGCACGGACGACAAAGUAACGCAUGUCAUGAUUCGAUGGCAGGACAAGAAGUACGACGUCGGCGGCGGAGAAUCCUUUGGCACCUUGUCGGAACUGAUCGAUCACUACAAGCGUAAUCCCAUGGUGGAGACGUGCGGAACCGUGGUGCAUCUGCGGCAGCCGUUCAACGCCACGCGAAUCACGGCGGCCGGAAUCAAUGCCCGGGUGGAACAGCUUGUCAAGGGUGGUUUCUGGGAGGAGUUCGAAUCGCUGCAGCAGGACAGUCGGGACACAUUCUCGCGCAACGAGGGCUACAAACAAGAGAACCGCCUCAAGAACCGCUACCGCAACAUAUUGCCAUACGACCACACGCGCGUCAAGCUGCUGGACGUGGAGCACAGCGUGGCCGGAGCCGAGUACAUCAAUGCCAACUACAUACGGCUGCCCACCGACGGCGACCUGUACAACAUGAGCAGCUCGUCGGAGAGCCUGAACAGCUCGGUGCCCUCGUGCCCCGCCUGCACGGCGGCCCAGACGCAGCGGAACUGCUCCAACUGCCAGCUGCUGAACAAGACGUGCGUGCAGUGCGCCGUCAAAAGCGCCAUUCUGCCGUACAGCAACUGCGCCACCUGCAGCCGCAAGUCGGACUCCCUGAGCAAGCACAAGCGCAGCGAAUCCUCGGCCUCAUCUUCGCCCUCCUCCGGCUCUGGCUCCGGCUCGGCCUCUGGCUCUGGCUCCGGACCAGGAUCGUCAGGUGCAAGCGGAGUGAGCAGCCUCAACGGACCCGGCACACCCACCAAUCUCACGAGCGGCACAGCCGGAUGUCUAGCCGGCCUGCUAAAGAGACACUCGAACGACUCGUCCGGAGCUGUCUCCAUAUCGAUGGCCGAGCGGGAACGCGAGCGGGAGCGCGAGAUGUUCAAGACGUACAUCGCCACCCAGGGCUGCCUGCUCACCCAGCAAGUGAACACGGUGACGGACUUCUGGAACAUGGUGUGGCAGGAGAACACGCGCGUGAUCGUCAUGACCACCAAGGAGUACGAGCGCGGCAAGGAGAAGUGCGCCCGCUACUGGCCGGACGAGGGUAGAACGGAGCAGUUCGGCCAUGCGCGGAUACAGUGCGUCUCGGAGAACUCGACCAGUGACUACACGCUGCGCGAGUUCCUCGUCUCGUGGCGGGAUCAGCCAGCACGCCGGAUCUUUCACUACCAUUUCCAGGUGUGGCCGGAUCACGGAGUGCCCGCCGAUCCGGGCUGUGUGCUCAACUUCUUGCAGGAUGUCAACACGCGUCAGAGUCACCUGGCUCAGGCUGGCGAGAAGCCGGGUCCGAUCUGUGUGCACUGCUCGGCGGGCAUCGGACGCACUGGCACCUUCAUUGUGAUCGACAUGAUUCUCGACCAGAUCGUGCGCAAUGGAUUGGAUACCGAAAUCGACAUCCAGCGCACCAUUCAGAUGGUCCGAUCGCAGCGUUCCGGUCUCGUGCAAACGGAGGCGCAAUACAAGUUCGUCUACUAUGCGGUCCAGCACUAUAUCCAGACCCUGAUCGCCCGGAAGCGCGCCGAGGAGCAGAGCCUGCAGGUUGGCCGCGAGUACACCAAUAUAAAGUACACAGGCGAAAUUGGCAACGAUUCACAAAGAUCUCCAUUACCACCAGCAAUUUCUAGCAUAAGUUUAGUUCCGAGUAAGACGCCACUGACGCCGCCAUUGGCGGACUUGGGCACUGGGAUGGGCCUAGGCAUGGGCGUGGGCAUGGGCGUCGGCAACAAGCACGCAUCGAAGCAGCAGCCGCCGUUGCCGGUGGUCAACUGCAACAAUAAUAACAACGGCAUCGGCAUCGGCAAUAGCAGCAGCAGCAGCAACGGCAGUGGUAGCAGCAACACCAGCGGCAGCAACGGCAGCAGCAGCAACGGCAACAUUAACGCCCUGCUGGGCGGGAUCGGCUUGGGGCUGGGCGGCAAUAUGCGCAAGUCGAACUUUUACAGCGACUCGCUGAAGCAGCAACAGCAGCGCGAGGAGCAGGCGACUGCUCCGGCGGGAGCAGGUAAGAUGCAGCAGCCGGCGCCGCCGCUGCGACCGCGUCCAGGCAUACUCAAGUUGCUCACCAGUCCCGUCAUCUUUCAGCAAAAUUCAAAAACAUUCCCAAAGACAUGAUCGGUUUGCGACCGCCGAGCCAUGCGCCUGCGUUGCCGCCGCCACCGACACCGCCGCGCAAAACAUGACAAAUGAAUUUCUAAGUCGCGACGCCCUCUUGACACGCCCACCCCCCGACACCCACCUCCCUUCCCCCCCAACACGCACACAGACCACAAGUGGAUUUCAUUUAUAAUGUCAACCAGCAGCCACAAGUCCCAGACCCAAAACCCAAACCCUCGACUAUGUUUUACUGUUGUACCACGUUCUACGUUUUUUUUUUUUUUAAUAAUUGUAAUCUAUAUACUUUUUGUAAUUGUGUGUAAUGCUUAGUUGUAUGUUAUUGUCUCGCUUUAUGUUGUAAGUGUUCCCUGCACACGCAAAGCAGUAACCCCACCACCCGAAACCCCAAAACCCAGGCAUAUUUAUGUAGUAGUAUUUUAAGAACCUCCGAACCGGAAGUUGAGGAUACAAUCUGGGCGGAACUGCAGCAGUUUCCCCAAAAAAAAACACACAUUUUCCCUGUUACACACCGUUCCCUGUUCCACACCGCUUGAAUUUGGCGGAAACGGCAUUGAUAGUAUUUCACUUUUUUGAAAAUAUUCGCUUUAGAUGAGAACAUUGACUUGUGACAAAAAUAUUUACUUGCAUUGCGUUGGUUACAAACCACCAAAAUUGCUUAACUUUAAAUUUUACUAAUCGACUCUUAUGACAUUUCACAAGUUUAAAAAUAGUUGUAGUUUUCCAUUUGGCAAUUGUUCAAAAAAUCCAUUUAUGACGCGAAUUUUAGUUCUGGCACGUUCAAUUUGAAUCGGUUAAGUUGAUAAAGUUUCAGAAAAGUGAAGUCCAUCUCCACCAAAUUCAACUUGAAACGGAAACGGAAACGGGUAACCGGUUGGAGUGCAAAUCAAGUUUUUAGUGUAGUAAGUGUUGACAAAAUCGAAAGAGAAGAAGUUAGAGGAGUAACUGAGGCAGUAAGCACGUAACGAUAAUGAUACAAAAAGCGUUGAUUGUGAUUCGAGUGACAGCGAGAACAGAAACUGAAACUGAAACUGAAACAGUAAUAGAAACAGAUGAGAACAGAUGCAAACGAGAUCAGAUCAGAACAGAACAGCGGAGACGCCAACCGAACAGAACAGAAAAGAAAUGAACAGAUGAGAAGAGAACAGAUUAGAGGUAAAAGAAAAAGCUAAGAAGCGCUUAAGCGUGUCGUCCCUAGGAAUAAGAAAAUUAAGAUUACAGCUCGACAGAUCCAGAUUCAGAUCCAGAUCCAGAUCUAUAUCUCUAGCAGCCAAUUUCUGAUUUCCCCUUCCCCGUUAAAUUUCCCAUUAAUUUAGUGAUUGUGUGUGUAUAUUCUUAAUUGUAUAUUGAUGAUUAUUUAUAGCGAUUGCCCAUUGUGUUACAUUUCAAAUGAUCGAAAAAAUUGUAUUUAGAAAUUUGGUACUUUAGAAAUUAUACAUUAAUUGUGUGUCUGUGUCUCUCUACCCAGUCUCCCCAUCUCUGUCUCUCUCUCUUUCUCUCUGUCUCUCUCUCUCUCACUCUCUCUCACACCCUCUCUGUCUAUGCACGAGUGUUUUCUUGAUUAAGUUUAUUAUUUCAACGCUGAAGCGGAAUCAAACUAUAUAUGCAAUAUUUAAGCACAGUACCUUGGGCGCUGCAAAGAAAUUUAAAAAAAAAUUUCAAAAUAAAAGCCAACAGCUAAAUCAUAAAUACGAAAUAUACAGGAAGGAACAACUCAAUAUCAGCAGCAGCGAAAUAUAUAAAUCAAUUAGAUUACUGUGCAAAUUUGAGUAAUAUAUAUAUUUAAAACGUACCCUUAUUUUAUCUUAUUUAACUUUAUGCUUUUGUAAGUGCUUUAAAUUGUUAUUCAUCUUGAUCUUGCAAAAAAAAAAGAAAAGAAAAAACCACAAAACUGAAAAACGAAUACAAAACUAAAAAACAACACAAAUUAUAUUUGUA